GUUGAGCCCACGGGUCGUAUAGUCAUCGAUGGUGUGGACACCAAAGCCAUUGGUUUGCAUGACUUGCGUCGGGCGCUUGCAAUCAUACCACAGGAACCGGUGGUGUUUUCGGGUACAAUGCGCCGCAAUUUGGACCCCUUUGGCCAGUACUCGGACCCCGAGAUGUGGGCGGCUCUGGAGGAGGUGCAGCUCCGGGCGGUUGUGGAUGAGCUCCCCGGACGGCUGGACGCCGAGCUGAGUGAAGGCGGCGGUAAUUUUAGUGUAGGACAACGCCAAUUGGUGUGCUUAGCCCGGGCUAUACUGCGGCACAAUAGGGUACUAGUGCUCGACGAGGCGACCGCUAAUGUUGACCACCAAACCGAUGCACUCAUACAGACGAGUAUACGGACCCACUUUCACGACUGCACUGUACUUACGAUAGCCCAUAGACUUAACACUAUUAUUGAUUGCAAUAGAGUUAUGGUGCUGGACGCUGGACAACUUUUAGAGUUUGACGCUCCGCACAGUCUACUUGAGAAAAAGGGCUCUUUCUAUGACAUGUGCCAAAAGACUGGCCCUGAUAUGUACCACCACUUGGCUGUAGCGGCACGCGAGACAUUUUGCAAAAAACCACCACGCUCAUAAUUGUAAA